GACAUCUCUAGCAGUACAAGCUUGUUCAACUCGCGGCUCUUCUUCAAACAACCUUUCUGGUCCUUGCACUUUGCAUUUGCACUUUGGCUGCGAAUCUAUUUUCAAACCGCCUUCCGGCCAAGCUUGACCCCCCCUCCCCCUGGCCAACUGACCCCUGGGGCCGCUCCCUGUAAAUUGAACCUCGCUCUCUCUCUCUCUCUCUCUUUCUCCAGGGAUGGACAACUUCCGGCGGCCGUCGCUGUCGUCGCUGCUGAUGGCUGCAAACAGCGAGCACAACAUUGCGCUGCAGAUGGCCGACGAUGCGGAUUUGCCACCGCCGCCGCCACCGCCCGUGCUUGCAGCGUCUGCACUCCCGUCUGCGUCGGGUGCGUCAUUCGGGUCAUUCCACGCGCUCUCCUCGCUGCAGCAGCAACAGCAGCACGCGUUGCCGCCGCGAUUACCGGCUGCACUCUCGCUGCAGCAUCUUGCCAUGCCAAGCCCACCACCGGGAUUUCACGCCACAUCGAGCUUGGAGGACUUUGGCUCGGCCUCCUCCAUCAACAACAUUCCCAGCUCGAGCAGCAGUGGGAAUGGCAACAAGGUGGCCGAGUCGCCUGCCCCGGCUCCAACCCACUUUGACGACUCGGUCGCCCAGCAGCUCUUCCUGGUGCACGUCCGCCUGCCCACGGGUGAGUCGGUCGGUGUGCUUGCAUUGCCAUCGCAGACCUUGCGCCAGGGCUUUGGCCACAUCACGGCCCUCGUCGGAGCCACCAUGCACACGCAUAGCCUGUUUGUCGCAGAGUCUGGCGCCGCCAGUGGCCAAGCAUGCAGUUGGGAGGACCGCGCAUCGCUCUUGCGUGGCCGCACCGUGUCGCUUAUUGUCACUCCCGAGGGCGGAGUCUCCCCCAUCGUCUCCCGCACCAUCCCCAAAAGCGUGAGCACAAACAGCCUCGCAACAGCCGCAAUGGCCAUCAAUGCCGCGCGAGACCCGUCACCGAUUCCAAUCAUCCACGACCACCAUCACCACCCAGAGGAGCAGGCGGCCGCCAACGAGAGCAUCACCAUCGAACUUGAUCCUCAAGCGCAGGCGGAAGCGCUCGCCUCCAAGCUACGGAAGCGCACAGCCAUCGCCAAAGAAAUCUUGUCCACCGAGCAAACCUACGUGCGUGCCUUGGAAACACUCAUCACUUGCUACCUCAAUCCAAUGCGCCACAAAAAGGUGCUGCCUGCGGAAGACAUUGCCAUCAUCUUUUCCAAUGUCGAGUCCAUCGUCGGCGUCAACAACAUGCUGGCGCUCGAGCUCGAAGAGGUCAUCCAGUCGUGGGAUCCGCUCCAGACCCGACUUGGCUCCAUCUUCCGCAAGCUGGGCCCAUUCAUGAAGCUGUACGUCAACUACUGCAACAACCACUCGCACGCCAUGGUCAUGCUUCAGCGGUACUUGAAAAAGAGCGAGACGCUGCGAACCUUCCUCAAGCGACAGCAAGUGGAGGCCCAGACCAUGUCCACGCCAUCCAGCAACAAGUCUGGGUCGUCAUCCGCUGCUGCCACUACUGCCGCAUCCUCUGUCGUGUCUGCACCGGUGGCCGUCUCGGCCCAUGCAGGCAAUGCGUCCAUCUCGGGCAACGGCAUUUUGACUGUCGCCAACGCCACCAACACGGCCCUCGACUCGCUGCUGCUCAUGCCCGUGCAGCGCAUCCCACGCUACCAACUGCUGCUUGACGAUCUCGUCGAAAAUACGCCCGCAGACCACGAAGACUUUGCCGACCUCACCACCGCCGUCGCAUUGAUCAAGACGCUGGGCUUUGAAAUCAACGAAGCCAUCCGUCGCAUCGACAAUGAAAUCAAAAUGGCCAACAUUGAGAAAAUGUUUGCGAGCGACAACCUGGUGCUCAUUGACUCGCAGUAUCGCUUGCUGGAUUUGAACACCACGAGCAGCGGCAGCGGUAGUAGCAACAGCGGCCGCUCGCGUGGUGGCAGCGAUGGACCCGCCCCCGACUUGGAGGCCUCCGGUGGCUCCGGCUCUGCUGCCUCUUCUCCCGCGCCAUCUCGAGGCGCCCACUCUGGCAGGCUGCUCGGCAAGCUGAUGGGGCGGCAAUCCUCGUCGGAACCACAGCUCGCGAACGCAAACUCGGGCACGAAUGUUGCGGCCGCUGCUGGUGGUGAUGGCGUGCUGACAUUGUCCGCACCACCGCGCCAGUUUGUCCAGGAAGGCUUUUUCAUUGUCACCGACUUUGGUCAACAUGAGCGGUUUCUGCUGCUCUUUACCGACAUGCUCAUUGUGGCCAAAGUCGAAAAGAACACCACGUUCCGUGUCAAGGACAAGCUCAUGUUGUCGCAAAUGUGGGUGGCCAACUACGAGCAAGAGGAUCCGUUUUCCUUCAUCAUGGGCUGGCCCCAGUACAAUUGCUCGCUCACGGCCGCCUCAGCCAAGGACAAGGACCUCUGGUUUGGCAUGAUGCAAAAGCAGAUUGCCGACGAGAAGGCACGCGACACCACCUUGGCCCGAGGGCCUGUCAAGAUUCACCUGGACGACAGCGUGAACGCGCUUGGUGUCCGCCAAGGCGCCCUGCUCUCGAAGAGCAUCCUCAUGACCAAUACAGACACGACGCGCGCCGCCAUCGAGAUGGCACUCCGAAAGUACGACCUCAAGGAGGAUGCCAGCCAAUUCCAACUGUGGGAGUACCUGAACGGCGCAGAGCGUCUCGUCCACGCGUUCGAGUGCCCGUUGCUCGUGUUUGCCGGAAUGGAGGCCAAGCCAAAGAAGGACGACGCGCCACCACCGCGCCUCGUUCUCAAGCGGCGCGAUCCCAACUUUGAGUUGCCAAUGUUCAUGCGUCCGCCUCGGCAGCGCUCGCACACGGGCAAUCGCAGCGUCAACUCUCUCGGGCCGGGCGAUGACCUUUCGUUGAAUUCGUCGACAGGCCAGCAGUCGCUGGGCGUCCCAGGGGCCAGCGCUGCCUUCUCGUCGCGCACUCAGCGUGCCCAACGUGCCGUCCAGCAGUCUACCACCGUCAUCCCGCCAUCCGGUGGCCUCCUGGACGUGUCAGCAGCUGGCAAGCAGCAAGCCGGCAUCGGAAAGCUCUUUGCCGGUCGCUCUGUACGACGCCGCUCGAACAGCGGGGUUGUACUGGAUGGAGAUGGCUCGCUAUCGCCACUGGAUCUGUCCGAGGAUGGGUCGUCGACGACGGCAAGUAGCUCCUUGGCAAGCGCUCGCGCUGGGUCGUCAUCGCCUUCCAACUCGAGCCCCGUCGCAAACGUGUCCCGCGACAUCCCAACCAAUCUGUUUGGCUUGCCUUUGUACGAGAUUGUCGAACACGAUCGUCUCCACCCGGUACUUGCCGAGAUGCUUGGCUUGCUGUACGCGGGAUGCGGAAGCCAGUCUGCCAUUUUCAACCGCAAUUACAACCUGGAGCUCGUACGCGAUUUGCGGCGGACGAUCGACGCAGAGAUUGAUGUUGACCUGCGCGUCUUGCCGUUCGGUGUGCUUGUGGGUCUCUUUCUCGAGUUUUUACAAGCCCUCCCCGAUAGUGUCUACAGCGGCCUGCGCGCCAGCGAUUUUGACGCGCUUCGCAAAGCGCCAGCUCCUCCGCUCCCAGGAAGUCCCGCCAGCCAUGCCAACCAUCAAGCCAAGCCAAGCUCAGGCACCACGACCACCGCAGCAUCGUUUUUCAAAUCCGGCGCGGGCGAGUUGCCCCCGGGCUUUAGCGCCGCCCUCGAGUCGGCGACUGCGUCCGCGGACAAGGUGGCCGUGCUCCAGCGCAUUGUCAACCGGUUUCCGCACUGCAACUAUGUCUUUUUGCAAUGCACCAUGUCGCUUCUCCACAAAAUCUUUCUCAUUUCGGCUGAGAACGCCAGCGACACUGUCAACAUUGCGUUGCGCAUCGGCCCUCCGCUGAAAAAGGAAGGUUUGCACGAGUUUAUUCGCGUGCUGAUCGAGUAUGCCCCCGACGUGUUUGGCCAUGCUGGCGAGCUGGCCAUGCAAGAGAUGAUGGUGCCUCAGAGCAGCAUGCCCGGAAUUGCGCUUCCCGGCAUGACUGCUUUGCACGGCGGUGGUCUCCCGGCACCCAACGCGGGUCUGAUCACCAUGGUUGCGCGGUCUUCUGCUGGCAGCGGUGGCGGCAAGGUGCCGUUUGCACGGCAAUCCACGAAGCGCAGGCCGCUUCGUGUCAAGGUCAUGCCUGACGUGCCUUCGACGCCCAAUAGCAGCACCAGCAGCGAAGUUUCAUCCCCUGGCGUUCCUACUUCACCCUUCCGGCGAGGCUCCAAGUUUGCCAGCUUGACGGACUUGUACAACCAGCGCCGACACUCUCAGCUCGACCUUCUCCAAGGUGCCGGUGGCUCGACGCAAAGUCUGUCCACCUGGGCAAACGCGGCACCUCCCACCGAGCACAAGGCUGUUCAAGUCAACCUGCUUUCGCGGGAUGCCAGCCUCGCCAGCGUGGUGGACGAGGAUGUGGUGCUACUGCCGCCUCCCCCUCCGCCGGUCGAACAAACCCCGAAUGUUCACCACCACCACCACCACCACAAGAGUUCGAUCGCGUCCAUCCACACCAGCAGCAGCAGUGGCGGUCGCGGCAUUGCCUCCUACAAUUCGGCUGCGUUCGAAGAGGCCUUGGACGACUUGCCACCACCGCCUCCGCCGCCGGGACGCGGUAGCCACGCAUUCCAGGAUGCUCAUGUCGGGUCCAUGUCCAGCCUUGAAAGUGAGGACACCAUGUCCUACGAGAGCGAUAGCAACGAGUUGCCGGCGCCUCCACCGCCGCCGACAACGACGAACGGCAACUUGCAUCGCCGUACCUUGCUGCAGCUGGCCAUUUCCGAGGAAGACUUGAGCAAGAUUGCAGCAGAGAUUGCCGCUGCCGACCCAGAACCGGAACCGGAACCAGAAGAGCAAGAUGUGGAUAGCGAUCACGUCUCCAGCGAUGAAGAGGGCGAGACGCCUUCCUACCACCAUCGCAACGAUGACGACGAGCUCAUGCUCUCGUUCAACAAGCGUGCCUACCACAUGAGCUCAAUGAAGGUGAUGGAGUCUAGCACCCCCGAUCAAGACGAGUUCAACUCGGUCGACGUACCGCACGCGCCGCAGUCCCAGGCGAUUGAUCAUCGCCGUGGCUCCGUGGGCACCAUGAUGUAUGCUGGUCACGCGGACGACGAAGGGCAUGCGGCCUUUUUGAGUGCCCUGGGCGGACGGAUUGAGGCUGAAAGCGCCAACCCCUUGUUCUCGGCUGCCCGGGCCGACGUUGCUGGCGACGCCUUGGACGACGACCUUGUCGACGAGAGCGAGUUGUCGGCGUUGACCGCCGUUGCGACUGCCGCUGCGACCGCCCCAGCACCCGUCCCAGCUCCAAUCCAACCACCGGCAGAAGUCACGCCCGACCGCCGCAAGAGCCGCGCAAUUGUGACUGAGCUGUAACUUGAGGAUUGCUGAAGUGAUUUUGAUUUUGUUCUGUUCAUUGUUGUUGUCGUUGUUGUUGUGAUGUUGUUGCUGUUGCUGUAGUUGCUGCUGUUGUUGUUGUUGUGCACUUUGUUUCGGAUUGCAAAAUGUGUUGUCUCGAUUUGAACCCAGCACAAGAAAAAUAGAUUAAGAUUGAGAUC